CACUGUGCCUUGAACUGAUCGUCGUCGUGACUUGUCGUGAGUCAGAAAGCAAAAUAAUAAAAGUACACAAAUUGCCAGUUUCUGGACUCUUUUUUUGGUAUAUAAAUAUAUCGGCUGGAGCCUGUAGAAUUCUUCUGUAGAUCUCCGUAGAAUCAGUGCCCGGUUGCCGCGAGGCCUUUCCCCUGAACCCUUCAUGAGAUAAACGCCGCUUAAAUGCAUACGGAUAUCAUAAUUGGUGAUCAAUUUGCCGCCAGCAAUAAUUAUUGGGUGAUGCAGUCCCCGGAGUUGGACUAUCGGCACGAGCUGAUGGGACGUCUGCAUAAAAUCGAACCCGCCGAUGUUGAGUUGGAGGUUCUUGCUGCAGCUGCUGCAGCAUCCAACAACAACAACAAUUCCAGCAGCAACAAUAAUAACAACAACAACAAUAGCAGCAACAACAGCAGCAGCAACAACAGCAGCAAUGGCAGCCAGACACCAACCAGCAACAACAACAACAACAGCCUGACAGCCGCCACAGUUGGGAGCCAUCAGCAGCAUCAGUUCCAUCAUCACCUGCACCACCAUCACUCGCAUUCGCAUCAGCAUCACCACCAGCACCACCACCUGCAUCAGCAGCAGCAACAGCAGCAGCAACACCACCACACCCACAGUCUGCAGAGCGGCGAAAGCGGAGCAGGAGCAACAGGAGCAGGAGCGGUAGAGUCAUGGCAUCCGCAUCCCCAGUACCCCAGUGACCAACAGCAACUCCAACCUGCCGGAUCACCCAACUCCAACUCAAACUCCGCGUACGGAUGUGCUCCGCUCUAUGAUGGAGCGCCCUAUGAGGUGGCUUUGGCCUAUGGAGCGGCCAGUGGAGCCACAACUGCAGGAAGCAGCGAUAAGGAGUAUCUGUAUGAAACCAAAAACAAAGAGGCUGCUCUGUAUGCCGAUCCGCUGGACGAUCCCUAUCAGCGGCCGGUGCUUUGGGAUGAUAUUACUACCUCAAUUCAAAAUAUCGAUCCAGAGAAUGCGCUCAUGCUGAGCAGUCACAGUGGGAAUAACAAUAAUAACAAUAAUGGCAGUAGCAGCAAUAACAGCAGCAGCAGCAGCAACAACAGUGGCAGCAACAACGACACUGCAGCAACAUCGCAACUGCCGCAGGUCAAGAUGGAGGCAAUCGAUGAGAGUCUCCUGGAGACCUUCUCCACACCACUGCUCAGUCCCCUGGAGAUCAAGACCGAGAAACAGCAGCGACAUCAGCAGCAACAGCAACAGCAUCAGCAGCACCAGCAACACCAGCAGCAGCAAUACCAGCAGCAGCAGCAACACUAUCAGCAACAUUAUCAGCAGCAGCAGCAGCAGCAACAGCAGCACUUGUACCAGCAUCACCCCAGUCUGGCGCUGUCCGGACUGCCACCCGCCGUCGAGGUGGUGGAGUUGCAACUCCACCAACAGCAGCAGCAGCAGCAGCAGCAGCAGCAACAGCAUCUGCAGCACAGUGGCAGCAGCAGCCCCAAGCUGGCGGUAACGACCCCCGGCGACAGUGGCAGCAGCAACACCUCCUCCUCCUAUCAGCAACAAUACGCAUCUCAAUUGGUUGCCGGAUCCAGCGGUGGCUAUCUCAACGGUAGCAGCAGCAACUCCUACGGCUACAGCUGGCACAGCAGUCAGACCUUCCACACCAAAUACCAAAUACACCCGCCAUCAGUUGCCGCCGCGGUGGCAGCCACCGCCACUGCCACGCCCACAGCUCAAAUCGGUGCUCAACAGCAAACGCAGCAACAGCAACAGCAGCAGCAGCAUGCGCAGCAUCAACAGCUGCAACAGCUUUGCCCCCCGGCGGCGCCCAGCACCCCCUCGGCCUCGCUAUCCUCCUCGUCGGUCUCCUCCUCAUCGCUCUCCUCCUCCUCCGCCAGUCGCCACAUGUUUGUCCCACCGCUAACGCCGCCCAGCUCGGAUCCCGGCAGUCCAGGAUCCUCGAUGGUGGCUGCAGCCGCUGCGGCAGCUGCCCAGCGGCGCACCACCCCACCGCCACCGUAUCAGCAAGGUCAUGUGUUGGGAGGGAUUUGUCCCAGUUUGGUUAAUCCAUCGCCCACGCUUCAGCUUCUGGGAGGAGGAAAUGGAGGUGUCACGGGGAGUGGCAGCUCCACGGCCACGCUCACCACUCUCACGCCCGCCAGUGCCAUUGCUGCAGUGCAACAGCAGCAGCAGCAGCAGCAGCAACAGCAGCAGCAACUUCAAACGCAACAGCAAGUGUCGCAACAGCAGCAGCCGCCACCCGCCCCCCGUACGUCUGGGGGCGGUAGGCGUGGUCGGCAUUCGCAUCAUCAGCCGGGAACAGCGGCGCACAUUGCAAGCCUAAUGAGCGUUCGCACCGUGCGUUAUAAUCGCCGAAAUAAUCCCGAGCUGGAGAAGCGACGCAUUCAUCACUGUGAUUUUGUUGGCUGCUCCAAGGUGUACACAAAGAGCUCACAUCUAAAGGCCCAUCAAAGGAUCCACACGGGUGAGAAACCGUACACCUGCCAGUGGCCCGAGUGUGAAUGGCGUUUUGCCAGAUCGGAUGAACUGACUCGCCAUUACAGGAAGCACACUGGUGCCAAGCCCUUCAAGUGCAUCGUCUGCGAGCGGAGUUUUGCGCGAAGCGAUCACCUGGCGCUCCAUAUGAAGCGGCAUUUGCCGAAGAAUAACAAAUGAGGGCGGGCCCCCCAGGGGGAGGUAGCAGCUACAAAAUCAACAACAACAACAACAACAACUACAACCACAAUCCAAAGGACUUUAGCAUAGAUACAAAAAUAAAAAACAAAAAUGAAUUCGUUUAGUUGAAAGGUUAACUACUACAUGGUACACAAUACAUACAUUCACAUAACUAUAAUUUAGACACGCAGCUAACCAAUGUACGACGGAUACCAUAUAUAGAGUGCAUAUGUCCCGCAAACUCAAUUAACUCAAAUGCAAAAGAAGUAGGCUAAGUAAAUGAAAUUACCACCUGCUUGUGAAGGACAUCCUACUCUAGCAACUAACACGCCUAACCUAUACCAUAAAUAUGUAUAUG